CGCGACAAGCCGCCUUGUGUCCCGGCUGGCCAGCGCCGCUGCUCCCGGCUGCCGCUCUCACUCCAGCCCCGCCGUCGCGCUGUUCCCUGCGGCGCCAUGAGCGGGCUGGGGCCGCAGCGGGAGCUGGAGGAGGCCGCUGCCCUGGAGCGCCGGCGGCGGCGGGAGCUGCUGCGGCGGGGCCGCAUCUUCAACCCGCGGAUCCGCACCAUCGGGAUUGAUAAAGAGGCAUUGGAUGCACAGGUCAAGGAGAGGAAAAUUCAAGAAGCAGCUGAAAAAGCAGAACAUGAGAGAUUUGCUCAUGACAUGAAGAAAAAUGACAAGCUCAUGUGUCUGCUAGAAGAACGCCAGAAAAAUGAAAUCAAAGACAUGAACAGGGCUCUAACUGAAUUUCAUAAGAAUUUUCAGAAGCCAGAAACAAGACGUGAAUUUGACCUGAAUGAUCCACAAGCCCUAAAGAAAGACAGACCUGCUCGAGUUUCAGACGAUGAUCCUCGGUGUACCAUAUCUGGCAUGCAGAAGUUUAUGGGUGAAGACUUAAACUAUGAUCAGAGGAUGAAGUUUCAAAAGGAGCAAUUGAGGGAGUGGUCUCUUCAGCAACAGAAAGACUCAAAAAAUGCAUUAGCCGACCAAAAAUUGGCAGAUGAUCUUUAUGACAAGUUUAGGAUUGAACUUGACCGAAAGAUUAUGGAAGAACAGAGAAAAGAAGAGGAAAGCAGGCGUGCUGUUUGUACAGCUACUAAAAAUUUCAAUAGAAUCCAGGCUGCUGAAGUAGAUCAUAAAAAUGAAUUGGAAAAGGCUCAAAAAAUAAAAGAUGACAUGGAUGAAAUUACCUGCCUCCUUCGAGGAGACUUCCUUUCUGAAAACCCUGACCAAGCUUUCAGUCCCUGGGCUAAACGUAAUGUGCUGGUGAAUCGAUGGAAGGGAAUGAAUCAGGAGCAGCGGAUGGCAAUUCGUGAAUUUCAGAAGGAACAAGCUCUGGAGAAACAGAGAGCCAGAGAGCAGGAGCGCCGCAGAGAUGCUGAAUGGGACAGGCAGCGUGUGCAGGCUGCGCGAGCCCAGUUGCUUCAGGAGCGGCACCAGCAGCGGCAGAACCAGGAACAGCGCCGAGAUUUGGAUGCCAUGAAUGCAGGGCUCUCUCAGGAGCAGAAAGCAAAGAAUAUUUAUCUUAAAGAGGAAGAGUAUUCAAAUGUUCCAACAGAGGAGUUUUACGCACAGUUUAAUACAACCACCCGGUGAUGAUCUGGAUAAAUCAACCAGAAUUAUACAGAAGUAUGUAGACACAUUAAAAUUUUCAGUUGAGCAAUCCCAUGUUUUAUUGUUUUUAUCUGUUCCCUGCCCUGUUCAAACACCGCACGCAAACUAAAGGACAGAUCUAUUCUAAGAAAAGGAAAACAUUGUAAUAAUUUUUAAACAUGAUUGUUGUUCUGAUAGGACUAGUAGAUUCAGUAGUAGGUUGUUUGACUCUUGUGUCGCAGGCUUAGCUGUAAUAUUUACAUUAUUCAUGCCUAUAGAAAUAAAUUUCUGGAAAGAAAUCUGAAUUUUAACUACAGUGCUGCUUUAUGCAACUUGGCCAGAGGGGAAUGCUUCCUGCCAUAGUCCACAAGAGAUGCCCUUCUCUGGGAGGGGAGGAAGAUGACCUAGGCAGAAAAUUUUGUGUUGGUUUGUUUGUGGUUUGGUUUUUUUCUUUUUUUUUUUUUUUUAUUUUGGAUUUUCUUAAAGCUAAAAACCCAGCCAGAGAGAAAGACAAGAAAAAAGGAAGAAGUGGUUAAGUUGGUCAGAAAUGUUGUGAACAGUGGGAAUAAGGAGAAAAAAGUUCAAUAGUCAUUGAGGUGAUUAGUGCACUGAGACAUGGCACUGAAACAGAAUGUGUGUAAGAAUUAGUGUGGAAAAGCAGGGGGGAAAGUAUUCUUACGUCCACCCUGAUGCUUUGAAUCACAGAAUCACAAAAUCACAGAAUAAUGAGGUUGGAAGAGACCUCUAAGAUCAUCGAGUCCAACCCAUGUCCUAACACCUCAGCUAGACUAUAGCACCAAGUGGCAUGUCCAGCCUUUUAAAAAUACAUCCAGAGGUGGUGAUUCCACCACCUCUCUGGGAAGAGCAUUCCAGUACUUUAUUAUUCCGUCAGUGAAAAAGUUUUUCCUAAUAUCCAACCUAUACCUUCCCUGAGGUGGCUUGAGACUGCAUCCUCUGGUUCUGUCAGUGCUGCC